CUUGCCCUCCCUCCACAAAGGGAGAGCCGCGCCCGACGGCUGUGUUCCUCCUACCUUUUAUGCAGGCCCCCUCUCUUUUCUGAACAAUACCACCCCUUUGUCUCUACUGCUGCUGUGGUUCAGCUAGCUCUGCCAGUCCAGCUUCCAAAGCGGAGGGAGCUGCAGCCUAGCGACCUACCUGCAACCGACAAAAGUCUCGUCAAGCAUGUCUUCUUCGUCGUCCUCGUCUUGGGGCGAUAAGUGGAAGAAUUUCACAGCCAAGCCUGGAGCUCAAAAGGCAGGGCAAUUUUACAAGAAGGCCGAGACGGGCGUAUGGAGAGUCCUCGACCCCAUCGGCCGUGGCGCCAACAGGCUUGCCGGAAGAGCUGGCGCUGAGAGCUUCUGGCCCACGGAGCUUGCCGAGGGAGAGCUAGACAAGGCUGCUCGCAUCUUGAGGACAUUCGCACUCGAGGGUGCAAGGCCAGGCGCCGGAGUGGGAGCCGCAGAGACGUCGACGGAGCCUGUCGCGCAUGACAACGAAGGUGGGACAAAGGACGAGUAUGCGAGCCGAAAGACGCAAAAGGUCUUGAAGAAGAUACCACCCAAGGCGCUUCAGGGCGCAUGUGGGGUUGCCAUCAUGACAUGCUUCCGCACCGGCUUCGGCUUUUCUGGCGCUGGAGGGUCUGGUAUCGUCGUUGCAAGGCUGCCGGACGGGAGCUGGGGACCGCCUUCUGGCAUCCUGAUCCACACUCUCGGGUGGGGCUUCCUCAUUGGUCUCGACAUUUACGAUGUGGUGCUGGUGCUGCGGAAGCCACAGGCACUAAAGGCCUUUGAGCAUCCCAAGGUGGCCAUUGGCGGAGAAAUUUCCGUUGCAGCUGGGCCGGUGGGCAAUGGGGCUAUUCUCGACGGAGGCGUCGAGGCCGCUCCUUGCUGGAGCUACACAAAGUCAAAGGGAGCCUACGCUGGUCUACAACUCGACGGAACCAUCAUUCUCAAGCGAGAUGAUGCCAACGCACGUCUCUACGGAGGACCGAUCAGUGUGUCCGACCUGUUCCAGGGCAAGGUCCCGGCGCCAGCGGCGGCCAAACCGCUCCUUCAGACGCUGUAUGCCGCAGAAGGUCGCCCUCAAGUCCUGGGUACCGAGCAAAUUCCAACGGGCCUGACUCCUGGCGACACGGAAAUUACUGCCGAGGAAGCAGAGGCUCUCAAAGACAAUACAAACGAGAAGACCCAAACUGAGCAGUACGAUGGCGACCACGGCGGCGACCGCCACGAUGAACAGCCCAGUGCCACUGUCUCGAGGGCUCACAGAGUACCUCCGCCAUUUGCCAGUGCCGCAAGCCCAUCUUCAACGGCAGCUUCCGCUGAUCAUUAUCCCCCCGAGAAGGAACAUAAGCCCUCAUGAAUCAUUCGUUGUCGUGCGGCCUGUGGCCGCUUCGAACCUUUUGUUGUGUAGAUGUACUACUUCAACUAGCCACUUGCUACACUCUGCUACGCUACUAUUACUGCUCAGCGCCGUGACAGACCUUGUUCAACGUCCAGAGAAGCUUGCUAGCAAUCCCAUCC